GUCGGCCGCAUGAAGAUCGAGCUGUUCGCCGACGUCGUACCCAAAACGGCAGAGAACUUCAGGCAGUUUUGUACGGGUGAAUUCAGGAAAGAUGGUGUCCCUAUAGGUUAUAAAGGAAGCACUUUCCACAGGGUAAUAAAGGAUUUCAUGAUCCAAGGAGGUGACUUUGUAAACGGAGAUGGCACUGGAGUAGCCAGUAUAUAUAGGGGUCCUUUUGCAGAUGAAAACUUCAAGCUGAAACACUCUGCUCCUGGGCUGCUCUCUAUGGCAAACAGUGGUCCGAGUACCAACGGCUGCCAGUUUUUCAUUACGUGCUCCAAAUGUGACUGGUUGGAUGGAAAACACGUUGUGUUUGGUAAAAUUGUCGACGGGCUGUUGGUCAUGAGAAAAAUCGAAAACGUGCCUACGGGUCCAAAUAACAAACCCAAGCUGCCAGUUGUGAUCUCUCAGUGUGGAGAGAUGUGAAGCAACGAAACACAAGUG